AUGAGCACCUGCUGGUCAAAUAUGCUUCAACUAAACAAAUCGACAUUUAUGAAUGGUUGGAAACCCACUACAAAUCAAUAUAAAACAUUGUACGAUCAACUAUUUCACAAUUAUUUUGACUACCCAACUGAAAUCGAAGAGACCAUACGUUCAUUAAAUAGACCUCUUCAGUGGUUUCCACCUCAAUGGUUUGAGCAUGGAAAGAUGUUGCCAUCUGGUCGUAUGGGUCAAGUUUACAUUAUAUCUUCGAUUCGAUUUAAACACCAUUAUAAGCUCGCUCUUGUAUCUCCAGCUAUGGAACAUAGUUUGGAGCAAUUAAUUCCACAAGUAGACCAGUGGACAUUUCAAAAAACGUGUAGGAUCUCUAUAUUGAUAGCUUCUUGCGUGCGUGACUUACAUCAAUCUAAUGGGGUGCACCCAAAUUUACAGCCAAAAAACAUUUUGGUAUCCAACAUAUAUGAUGAGCAUGAACUCAAGUUGAAAAUCGUUGAUGGUCAAGAUGACUGGUCUUCUAUACCUCUGUCAUCUCGUUAUGGUCGUUGGCCUUAUAUUUCACCUGAAAUAUCUUACGAGUUCGCAACAUUAAACCAAGCAUCUAAUAUCUAUGCUCUUGGAAUCAUUCUUUGGCAAUUGGCAUCAGGUGUUAUUUUCCCAAACACAAUCACUGUUUGUCCAACCGUAUAUCAAAUAAAUACCUUGAAACAUGUGGAUCCCGCGUAUCAAAAUAUAAUUACCCGUUGUUUAUCCAAAAAUCCAAACAAUCGACCUUCCGCUGAAACUGUUUGCGAACUUUUAACAGGUGUAUUAAUGACCAAAGUUGUGGCCAAGAAACGAGAUGCGUUUCAUACUUUACGCGUCAAUGCAAUUCGAGACCGCCAGAUAGUUAUAUCAAAAUAUCUUGCUCAAUGUAAACCAUUUCACGCCUCAAAGAAGGCGCUUCAAGAUCUUAUGGAAGGUGCGUCUUUGUCUAAACGUAUGAUGAUUCAGGUCACCAUUUCUUUAGAGCGUCACUGGCAAGAGGACCCGCCUAUUCCAAAGAAACAACCUAUUAGACGCUUUAUACCAGCCGAGAUAAAAUAUCACGCAAACGAAAAUAUUUAUUAUGAUGCUAGUUUACCGGAUUUGAUUCAAAUGGGUUAUGCAUGA